GUGCGCCACAGCAGACACAGCCAGAGCGGUCCCAGCCCGAGCGGCGCCUGUGCCGUGUGCGGCAAGACGCCGGCAGAUGGCGCGCAGCUGCGGCGCUGCGCCGGCUGCGGCCGCACCACAGGCGUCAUGUACUGCGGUGACGCGUGCUGCCGCCACCACUGGGUGCGCAUGGCGCACCGCCAGCAGUGCGAGGCCGUGCAGCUGGCGCGGGUGGUGGAGGGGCUGAUGGUGGCGGCAGAGAUGGGCGAUUAG